UUGGAAUGCAACGCCGAGAUAAACGGAGCGACGUUCGCGUCGACCCGCGGUCCGGAGUUCAGGGCCGGGCUUUCGGCGGAGUUUCAGCGGUUCCGCGCGGCUGCGGAGCAUGUCUCCGGCUGUAAGGACGACUUAAGGGGUGUAAGUUUACUCCGAGACGCGGAAAACGGCGCGGGUUGCCGGGGCGAGUGAGUAACCUUAGCCGCCUGUGCUUCACCAACUCAGCCGUAACGUUACCGAGCCGUGUUUACAGGCGCGCAGGGAUCCGUCCGCUUCGCGCACUCGCCAGUGAAAACGGCGACGGUACGGACGUGGCUGCUCGGAGACAGUAGAGGACUGAACGUCGCCUCUGUGUGUUCGACGGUGUUAGUUUCCAGCGCCUGGCCCGUGAGAAGAAGCAAUGAGUCCGUUGAGAAACGUUAAGAGCACCGAGGCAACUUAACGCUUAGUUUCUACCCAAACUGCCUGCUGAGAGACUCUGUUGGCGAGGUUAGAGCGCACACACACACACACACACACACACACACACACACACGUCUUGGGAAGUGUUCACAAGAAGGACUGACCUGACCUACUGAGGUCGAAGUCCACUGGAGUGGCUCUUCUUGCUGUUCACGUGGGGAGAGGUAAGUUAGAUGGUCCACCAAAGUCGCCCACAUGCCCUGGAUUUGGGAUCGGACUUGGAAGAAGAAGAAGGAGGACAACGUGAGAAAUCCCUUGAAGGCUGGAGGAAGAUGGCUGCGCUGCCCGGCUCGGGUCGGUGAGCCCCAGACUCGGUGGCCAGUUGUUUUUCUCGGCCGAGCCCGCGGAGCCGGACCGGAGGACACAUGCAGGCCAAAAAGCGCUACCUGAUUCUGGUCUCCGCCGGCGCCUGUCUCGUCUUGCUGCUCUUCCUUGGUGGGCUGCCAGUGCCGGCAUCCAGGAGGAGCCAGGUCCAGCGUGAUGGGCACCGACCCGGCCCCCGCUGGCCCCGCUUUUUGGAGCACCUGCAGCCUUUCGUUCCAUGGGAUCAGACGGAAAGCGAGGGUUACAUCGCUCACAUGUCAGCGAGGCAGAAGAGGGAUGCCAGCUCGGGCCUUAAUCAGGGGAGGCGCUGCCGGAUGGACUCGUGUUUUGACUUUUCUUUGUGCGCGAAGAACGGUUUCAAAGUUUACGUGUACCCCCAGCAGAAGGGGGACAAAAUCUCAGAGAGCUACCAGAGCAUCUUGGCUUCAAUCGAGGGCUCCAGGUUCUACACGUCUGACCCGGGGCAGGCGUGCUUGUUCGUGCUGAGCCUGGACACCCUGGACCGGGACCAGCUGUCGCCUCAGUACGUGCACAAUUUGAAGGCGAAGGUCCAAAGCUUGAGUCUUUGGAACGGCGGCCGGAAUCACCUCAUAUUCAAUCUGUACUCGGGGACCUGGCCAGACUACACGGAGGACUUGGGUUUUGACAUUGGCCAGGCCAUGCUGGCCAAGGCCAGCAUCAGCAUGGAGAACUUUAGGCCUAACUUUGAUGUGUCCAUUCCUCUGUUUUCUAAAGACCACCCAAGGACCGGAGGGGAGAGGGGGUUCUUAAAGUACAACUCCAUUCCCCCGUUUAGGAAAUACAUGCUGGUGUUUAAGGGCAAACGGUAUCUGACCGGCAUCGGGUCGGACACGAGGAACGCUCUGUACCACGUCCACAACUCUGAGGACGUGGUUCUGCUCACCACCUGCAAGCAUGGCAAAGACUGGCAGAAACAUAAGGAUGCGCGCUGUGACACGGACAACGCCGAGUACGACAAGUAUGAAUACAAAGAAAUGCUGCACAACUCCACUUUCUGUCUGGUGCCUAGAGGACGCCGCCUGGGCUCCUUCCGCUUCCUAGAGGCCCUGCAGGCUGCGUGUAUUCCCGUCAUGCUCAGUAACGGCUGGGAGCUUCCCUUCUCGGAGGUCAUCGACUGGAACACUGCUGCUGUCAUUGGGGAUGAGAGGCUGCUUCUGCAGAUCCCCUCCACCACCCGCUCCAUCCACCAGGACAAAAUCCUGUCUCUCCGGCAGCAGACGCAGUUCCUGUGGGAGGCCUACUUCUCCUCUGUGGAAAAGAUCGUGCUCACUACACUGGAGAUCAUCCAUGACCGCGUGUUGCAGCACAUGGGACGCAGCAGUCUAAUGUGGAACAACCAUCCCGGUGGUCUCUUCACCUUACCACAGUACUCCUCCUAUUUGGGCCACUUCCCUUUCUUCUACGCUCCGCUUGGUAUCAAACCGCAAGCCAAGUUCACGGCGGUCAUCCAUGCAGUAUCACCCCUGGUGUCCCAGUCUCAACCCAUCCUGAAACUGCUAGUGGCUGUGGCCAAAUCACCGUACUGUGCCCAGAUCAUUGUCCUGUGGAACUGUGACAAGCCUCUUCCUGCGAAGCACCGCUGGCCUGCCACAUCUCAACCCAUCAUUGUCAUUGAGGGAGAGAGUAAGGUGAUGAGCAGCCGCUUCGUGCCAUACAGCAGCAUAUUAACAGACGCUGUGCUGAGUCUGGAUGAGGACACUGUGCUCUCGACCACUGAGGUGGAUUUUGCCUUCACUGUUUGGCAAAGUUUUCCCGAGAGGAUCGUAGGCUACCCGGCUAGGAGCCAUUUUUGGGAUGCCAACAAGGAGCGGUGGGGCUACACGUCUAAGUGGACCAACGACUAUUCAAUGGUGCUGACCGGAGCUGCUUUCUACCACAGAUAUUACAACUACUUGUAUACAAAUUACCUGCCAGCCAGCUUGAAGAGCAUGGUUGACCAGCUAUCAAACUGUGAAGAUAUCCUCAUGAACUUCCUAGUGUCUGCUGUCACCAAGAUGCCUCCCAUCAAGGUCACUCAGAAGAAGCAGUAUAAGGAGACCAUGAUGGGACAGACGACGAGAGCCUCUCGCUGGGCGGACCCUGACCAUUUCGCCCAGCGGCAGACUUGCAUGAACAAAUUUGCCAGCUGGUUUGGCACCAUGCCUCUGGUCCACUCCCAGAUGAGGCUGGACCCGAUUCUGUUCAAGGACCAGGUGUCUAUACUGCGCAAGAAGUACAGAGACAUUGAGAGACUCUAACGAACCUGAGCCCACCUCUUCCGCCAAAGCUGGAAGGGGCAAACGUAACGGCAGAGCCCCCCCCGGAGUCUCGGACUAUACAGGGGACAAACGGGGGGGCCAGUGAAACCCUCAGGAAGCGAGCCAGCCAGGAGCAGCCGGGCGGGUGAGAAAGCGAGCCAGGCAGGAGUGGGAAGGGGACAGGCGAAGGAAAGGAGAGCGCAUUGUGCUUAAUGAAGUCCUCACUGUCGGAAAACAAACGAGCAUCAUUAACAUUCGAAAUGUAUCGGAUUGAAAGUCAGCCCUAACCAAAACACAUCUGCUCCACACUACUGCAGGAGUUUGGGUUUUGACAGGUGGAUGAAGCAAGCCUCUCCUGCAGAGCUCCGCUGUCACAGUGCCUGACCGGUUCGGAGCAGAGUGCGUCUGGGAGUCCGGAGGGGUUCGGCGCGAGCGGAGGAACUCCUUGGUCGUGCUGCUUGCGUUUCGGUAGUAUAAAUGACAUGGAAGUGUUUCUCAGAUUUGCCCAAAGUUAUCGUUCCUUUUGGUUUUAUUUUUGUUUUGUUUCUUCCUCACAUCUCUAGUGGUCUUUUAUUGGGAUGUGUUCUGAAUGGUUUAGACCAUGGUUUUAGUUUUUUUUGGGAGCGUCCUGUGACUGCCACUGUUGUUGACCAUAGAAACUAACUUGCUGGGGAGUGAAUGUCCCUCAGUGAAACACUACGACGUCUGUAACGUUUUAAAUGUUCUCAAACGUAACCGUCGUCUGAUCCUGUACGACUAAAAAUUCAACCAAGAACUAAUCCGUGCUUCUUGCCAGGCAAAAUUAGGAAUUUUUGUUGUAUUUCGUGUUGCCAUAUCGGAAUACCCGUCGGCCAUAGCUGGAUGUGUUGCACAUUUAAAAUCAGACGUUUUAAACACUAGUUUUGUUUUUACUCUUUGCUUUGAGAAGACGAACAAACCAAAGUAUACUGCAGUCUGUGUUGAGGGUAAGAGCGAGAGAAUCAGUGAGAAUUCCGUUUCUGUUGUUUCCUAAAUUGGAUUUCUUUUUGCCAAUCAUAACAGUUUGUCUCUCAGUAUAUAAAUGGUUGAUUAUAUAGAGCACGAUAAAUUCACCCUGUCCAUUUUUUUGCUUUUGAAGUGUUUAGAGGUGCUUUACUGAGAUUUAAAUCCAAAAUCGUUACAAAAUUAAAGUUGUGUGCAAAAGUUUUGGCACCUCGCAUUUACAUUUUUCCCAGUUUUCUCAGUGAAGAUAAGAUAAAACACCUCUACAGAGAACAUAUUUUAUCAUACAUUUCCUUUUUUUUAUUUCUUUAAUGUAACGUAUAUGGGGGUGGGGGGCGGUUAUUACACAUUUUAUAUUUUCUGUUGUUUUUUUGUUUUUUUUCCCCACCAAAAUAUUAAGCAAAAAAAAAAUUGAGCUCUAAAAUUAGUUGGCUCUCCGUGUAGAGAUAUGUAGAGGUGAUGGGGGUGUUCAAACUUUUGCAUGCGACUGUGUAGGUAGUAAAUUAUACGCAUCCUAGACGUCAUUGAGCACCGUUGUUUCUGUUGAAGCACGUGGGAGAAAAAACACUUUUUUUUUUGACCCCCUUUAAAGAGAUUUUUGAGAUUUAUGCGAUUGCGGCCAGUCGUACUGCAACCAAUACGUGUCUUGAACAUUCAGAUCAGACGGGAACGGAUCUGGAGACUGUUAAACUUUUCGUCAGUCGUGUUUUUUUUUUUUUUUUUUAAAGACAGCUGCUGCGGUCAGUCUGGACGGUUUUUCAUUUUCCCACAGAAACGAGUCCAAGUCUCUUUUUGCACAUGGGCUCUGUUAAAAAUACGGUUUGUUCCUACCAUGUCCAUGCGGUGCCAUUCCUUCCUCCGUACAAGAUUUGCCUGACGUUACUGCCGGAAAACGAAAUGAACCGCUCGCUUCUGUCACUGCAAUCAAGGAAAACGAAUCGCUGGGCAAACGAAAGCUGCAGUCUGACCUCGGUGUUACUGAAGCGUGUCAGCGAGCUGCUUCUGUGUGUAUGGAAGUUAGUGCUGUUCUGUGGCAGGCGGCUUUCUCAAGGAAGUCAUGGUUUUCUAAAGUCAGUCCCACAGCUUGCACAUUCUCACAAUCUUACCUGGCUUUUUCUUUUUCUCUCCUAAUUACACAAAUGUGCCUUUCUCGAGACACGUCUGAGUUGUUUUUCCAUUUGCCUUUCAUGGAAAUCAAGCUUCCAUUCCUGUGUUGCGGUGAUCAGUGUUGACAGAUCUCUUCUUAUCCAGUUCUACACAUUAGUUGGUUUUGGUUUACGUUGUCGAACACUGGAUUUUAUUUGAUUUUGUUUUAUUUUUUUUGUUUGUUUGUUUGGGAGAUUCAUUACAAAAUUAUGCUGUAACUGACAUUCCUACCAUGUUUCGUAGGAAAAUAUCUCGGUGACGUAUCGGUUUCAUUUUGUUAACAGUUUCUGUGACCAUGCUUAUCUGUGUAUUUAUCAGACAUGUGGAUUCAUUGUAUGGCAACCCUUUUGCCCAGUGCGGACAACAAUGUAAUUGAAAGACCUUAUUUUACAGAGCUAAGAACAAUAAUAGGCAACUUACAGUUUUGUAAGAAAGGUUUUAUAAAAAAAUAAAUAAAUAAAAAAGAGGAAUAAAUAAUGUUUGCUAA